ACGAUUCAAAAAUGCAACCCCAAAAACUUCCUUUUUGCUCUGCCACAGCAAAUUGUAGAAGUAAAGAAUUUGUCACGCAGUGUUCUUACAUUCAAGUGAUUUCGAUGCAAAUCUGCACAUCGGGUCGAGGAACGAAACGGGCAGAGGAAGAAAAUUGAGAAGAAGAAACUCUUUGUAAAGAUUUCAUCAAGAAAAUAUAUUAAGGUUGCUUUGACAAUAUCGCGUUCAAUCCCUUGUCAUAGUAAGAUGCUACGCGAGUGCUUGGCUCUUUCUCUUUGUUGACUUGAAACAAACUAUAUCAAGUCUUUUUAUAACCACUGUGAGACGAAGAGUACAGCUUUUGAUGCAUUGACUUCAAUCCUAAAGGUCUAUGUAACAAGUCCUGUUAUUUUCUCUAAAUCUAAUUUCACCACCGAUUACGCCAAUAUAGGAAAAAAUACUAUAUAUUUUGAUGGGUAUUUGCUGGAGUUGCAUUAAUGGCAAGUCCAAUCCAACCCCAAAAUCUGAUAUCCUCACUCCGACACCUGCAGAGCCAAUCCCAGAACCAGAUCUACUCCCGAGUAGUGUGGCCCAUCUGAUCGAUAGUGAUGAUUCUUUUCUGGGUAGCAACGUUUCCCGCACCAGUUGGAUGUCUAUGGCAACUACCAAUGUUACAACUCUGUUGUCUCAAGUAAGCGGAGUAAUUGCAGCUAUUUGGGCCGAUAAUGUUGCAGAGGACAAUGAGUUCUCAGCUGCAAUAGAAGAUGACAACAUCCCAGACGGGGGAACUGCAUCUGAUACAAAGUUGAAAGCUUUUACUUUUGCACAAUUGCAAGCUGCAACCUUUAAUUUUAGAACUGAUAUGGUGUUGGGAAAGGGAGGUUUUGGCAGUGUCUAUAAGGGCUAUAUCAAGGAGAAUGUACCAUCCCAAGGUACCAGGAAACGAGCCAUUGCUGUUAAAAGAUUGGAUGCAAACAGCAAACAAGGAUUUCGACAAUGGAGAACAGAAGUUGGUUUCCUAGGAAGGCUUUCUCAUCCUAACAUUGUAAAGUUGUUGGGAUAUUGUAAGGAAAAUGAAAAGUUCCUCAUUGUUUAUGAACUCAUGCAAAAGGGCAGCUUGAAUUACCAUUUAUUUGGAAAGAGCUCAAAUCAUUUGCUUCCAUGGGAAAAAAGGGUUAAGAUUAUGAUAGGAAUGGCUCAAGGCCUGUGUUACUUGCAUACGAUGGAGAAGCCAAUAAUUUUCAGAGAUUUCAAGUCCUCAAAUGUACUUCUUGACCAGUCUUGCGCUGCAAAAAUAUCAGAUUUUGGCUUGGCAAAAUGGGGAUCUGCCGAUAAUUCAUGUGUAACAGGACAUGUUAUGGGCACAGCUGGUUAUACCGCUCCCGAGUAUAAGGCCACAGGAAGGUUGUAUGUAAAGAGCGAUGUUUACAGUUUCGGUGUAGUUUUGGUCGAGAUGCUUACAGGCUUGCGAGUAAUAGAUAGGCAACGUCCACCUGGAAAACAACAGCUGCUGACUUGGGCAAGUCCACGCUUAAUCCAUAAAAGAAAGUUGAUGGAGAUAAUGGACUCUAGGUUGGAGGGAAGAUACUCUGUCAAAGAAGCUUUACAAAUUGCUCGGCUUGCUUUGAAAUGUACUGAGAACGGCCCGAAGUUGCGCCCAUCAAUGAAGGAAGUUGCAGAGAUCUUACAACAGAUUGGAAAUCGAUAUGUAACUGGUGAAGCCUAAAUUUCGUCCGACCUUGUCUUCAUCAGAUAGCAUUAUCAAUUCUUGCCUUGAAUUUUGAGAAUGAUUAACUGUAAAUUGGAUAAGAGUGAACCUCAUUCGUUUGAUUUCACCCGAUUCAAAGGUUAGGUUUUGCUGCAUUGCAAAAAGGAUGAGAUGUUGCCAUAUGAGCAGCGAAAAAUGAAGGGUUAAUUAAGCCAUUAUUGUCUAUUUUCAUUUAAUUAAACCACUAUUGUUGGAUUGUUGAAUUUAAUCAUUUUAUCCUGUGAAUAAUAUCACUCGUUAUUCUUAUAGAAAA